AUGGGUAUCCUCAAACGCGCCGCCACCCUUGCCUCUCUGUCCAUCCCCACCAGUUACGCCGCCUGGACACUCUAUACCCGCAACACGUCUUUUGUGCCCUUCACAUCCUACCCCGAAUCCACCUCGCUCAAACGUCUGAAUCCACGCUCAAAUCCACCCGCGUGCAUAGACCAUGCUGUGCGACGCGUACCGCUGUCUAAACUCAAGACCCAGAAUCAGGAGGAAUUGACGAAGAGGUUCUGUCAGGGGAUCUGGGGCGGGCUGGGCUUUGCAUAUCAGAGGAGGUUCCUGGAGAAGAAGUAUAGGGCCUUGGAAGGAAGGGAGGGACAUCUGUGGGAGAAGAGCGAGUUGAAGGCGAGUGCGUAUGACGAGGGAACGGCAAUUGCGGACCAUUUUGAGGUUGUGGAGAGGGCGUUUGACAAGGUCGUAGUCCGCUGCGGCGACAGUCCCCUAAAGCGUGACCCACGUCCCUCAGAUGGCAUUUUCGAGAUGCAGGUCACAAUAGAGGACCACGAUGCUGUCUUCCAUCUCAAGAGCGUAUUCUUUAAUUCAACGCCCGACGGCACGGUCAAGGCGCAAUUGCCUUGGUGGUUCGACUGGGGCCAUAAGCAAUACACCAAGUUGUGGAUGGAGACGAGUGUCAGAAAGUUGUUGAAAUGA